AUGAAAGAAAUGUUCAAGUUGAAUGAAACCACUGAGAGCCAAGUGACUGAAUUCAUUCUCAUGGGUAUCACAAAUCGACCUGAGCUGAAGGAACCCCUCUUUGUUCUGUUUUUCCUCAACUACACAGCCAUAGUUCUGGGGAAUCUGGGUCUGAUCAUCAUAACUACCAUUGAUUCUCACCUCCAAACUCCAAUGUACUUUUUUCUCAGGCAUCUGGCAUUUGUUGAUUUAGGAUAUUCCACAGCUAUUGGUCCAAAAAUGCUGGUUAGUUUCAUAGAGGAGAAAAACAUCAUUUCCUAUCAUGAAUGUGCAAUACAAUUAGUUUUUGUUGCAACAUUUAUCAACAGUGAAUUUUUUAUCUUGUCAGCCAUGGCCUAUGACCGUUAUGUGGCUAUCUGUAAGCCGCUCCUCUACAUAGCCAUCAUGUCAGACAGAGUAUGUUGGAUCUUGGUGGCUGUCUCAUAUCUCUAUAGUAUCAUGGCAUCUCUACUGUUCACAAUAAAGAUCUUUGAAUCAUCUUUCUGCAAAUCAAACUUAUUAAGGCAUUUCUAUUGUGACAGUCUCCCUCUUUUGUCCAUUAUGUGCUCAGAUACAAGUGAGAUAGAACUAAUCAUUAUGACAUUUGGUAUAUUGAAUUUGAUUCCUUCUCUCUUAAUUAUCCUUUUCUCGUACAUGCUUAUUCUUGUGGCCAUCUUAAGGAUGAACUCUUCUGAGGGCAGGAAUAAAGUCUUUUCUACCUGUGGCUCUCAUAUCACAGUUGUGGUUGUAUUCUAUGGAACACUUAUCUUCAUGUUCCUACAGCCACAAUCUAACCGUUCCUUUGACACAAACCAGGUGGUCUCUGUAUUUUAUACCCUGGUCAUCCCCAUGCUCAACCCAAUGAUCUAUAGCUUGAGGAACAAAGAUGUGAAAAGUGCCUUGAAAAGACUCUUUAUCAAAUGAUCUUUGGGCAACCUGUUGUUGUAUGGUAGCAAAGAAUCUCACAGAGAUGUGUUGGAUAUGGUUCUUGACCCCUAA